AUGGCCGGCUACACUUCCCUCCCCAGAAUCUAUCUAACCGCCCUGAGUGGUGACGCUGCCUACAAUCUCCACGCCCGUGUAGGCGACGUCAACCACGGCCAGGACAUGCUGUUGCGGUUGGACAUCAUCCAGCCAGAAGGCUGGGUCAUGAACGCCAACUCGUUCUACGACUGCUCGUAUUUGGACUCCUGGUUCGACAGCGAGGAAUCGUUGUUUUCCAUUUCCUCGUACCCGCCGCUGCUUACCCAGGCCCCUGAGUACCGGGCUACCAUCUGCGCCAUGGGAGGACGCUACACCAACUCGCUAGCUAUCGGGUCCGGUCUGGCAGUGUCCACGUCCGUCGCCCAGCCAGCACCCACCGUGGCAGGCAUCGCCAACGACGCCCCCCACCGUCUCCCAUACUUCAACGGCAACAACGUGCUGGGGGUGUGGCAGACAAACAACCUCAGCAUCAACGUGUCAUCCGAAGCCGUGCUAGCGCUCCUGGACUUCACGUUUCUCGAUGCGUCCAUCUCCAACCUCUACUACGGAGGCCUAGGCCUCGCGGGCAACCCUCGUGGCUCAGGCUUCCUCUACGGCUUGCGGGACAGGGGUGUGAUUCCGUCGCCUGGCUACUCGGUGUGGUUCCAGAACAGAACCAUGUGGGAGGCCAGCGAGGGUGUGUUGAUGCCUGGCUAUGUGGACGCGCUGUGCUUCGAGGAGCCGUUCUACUCGUACCUGAUAUUGCCACACGAGGGACCCACAGACAGUGCCCCCGACGUGAUAUUGCCAGCGUUGCUUCUCGACGACUUGAGCGUCAAAAACACUCAAAGUGGCCAGACAGUGUCGCUCAAGACCAACAACGCCAGCAUUCCCGUGGUGUUGGACACCCGCUCGUAUCUCACCUACUUGCCAGUCAACACCAUCAUCAACUUGGCGAUGCAGGUCAAUGCGUUCUACAGUGAGGACGUCAACCAGUGGUUGGUGGGGUGCGACAGGUUGAAAAACGCCUCUGCCACCGUCAACUUCCGCUUCGACGACUUGGAGAUCAGUCUCCCAUUAUCGAAGUUCAUUGCCCCAUUCUACUACGAUGACACUACCGUCAAGUUUCCCGACGGCUCGGCUGCGUGCAACUUCUUAUUCCUGCCCAGUAGUGUCAUUGGAUACAACACGUUGGGGCUCCCGUUCAUGAGCAGCAUCUACUUUGCAGUAGAUAAUGAGGGUAGGAACAUCGCUAUUGCACGUUCAAAUGCCACCAAAUCUGGAAGCAUAGACUUCGACCCACCUGCGUCGUCGUUGAGCACAGUUCUGGGCCCAGGCUCGUUCGAAAACGCUACUCUUGCCGAGAGUAUUGCCUACAUCACCUCAGGCUACAUCCCGUUUGCAACUUCAAAAAGCAAGCCUUCCACCACCUUGACCAUCACGCGUGUCCAAGAAGACGACGAGUUUGGCGAUGGCGGAAACGUUCCCGCCAGAUUUUCGGGCUACAUCAGUGACGGGGUUUUUGUCACACAUCCCAGCGGGUACUCUACCUCGACAUUACCGGGUGGAGCUCCAACAGCCGGCUCUGCGGGACCUUCAACAAGAAGCCACGGCAACAAGAUUCGCGUGCCCUUCGCCAUCAUCACCUCAAACUUGUGGAGGGAAGUAUAUGUGUUGGGAUGGAGUUCUCUUUUUGUUUUGGUGGUGAUUUGUGCCAUGUGA